AUGGUUUUGUUUAAGGACUUAGAUUUAAAAGAAGAAGAGGAGCAAAAGUCCAAUUUGAGCUCUUCAAAGAAGAGAAGAUUAAGGCGAAAAAAGCUUUGGGCUGCAAGGAAUGCACAUGUAAUAAGAAGUAGGACCAUAAGUAAUGCAAAAAUAGUUCAGCCACCAGACUUCAAUGUACCAAAAGAAGUACCAACUGUACCUCUGAGAAGUGUAAGAGAAGAAUUUUAUAGUGUUGUUGUGAAUGGAGAAAGUAAUGUUAGCAAAAAUAUAGCAUAUUUUUCACAUGUAGAUAGUUUUAUUAGUAAUUUAGAAAAAGAAAUGUCAUCUAAAGAUUUUUCAAAAUCAAGAGAGGAUGUACUGGCUGCUAGAGAAGAAAAGAAAUUAAGUAAACAAAAAGCAAAGAAAAAGUGUGAAACCCCACAAGCGGAGAAAAUCAUUUUACCUGAUUCACAAAUACAAAGUGUACAAAAUGAUGUAUUACUAAAUAAAAACCAUGUAGAUGAAUCUGAUCAAGGUACUGAAAAACUAAAUACAAAUACCUCAUUAAAAACGAAAUCUGUUGAAGAGGAUAACAAAAAAGAUGAGAAAUUAACAAAUACUUCACUCAAAGGAAAAGAUGAGGUAGACAGGGCUAUUAAAGAAGAAAAUAAAAUAGAAACAGAAAAAGUCACAAAAGAAUAUAAAACAGAGGAUGUAAGUGUAAUACAAAUUGAUUCUAAAAGUAAGGAAAACACAACAGAGAGUUCAUGUACAUUAAAAACUGUUGAAAAAACCAAAGAACAAAUUAAAGCUGAAAGAAUUGCAAAAAAGGCUGCCAAACAAGCAAAGAAGAAAAUAGUUGAUUGUGAGGGACCUAUUGAGAGUAGUAAAAAAUCUACUGAUAUUAACAUUGUGCCUAUAAAAAUUGAAAGUAGUAAUGUUGAAGAAUCUAAAGUAAGUGACAAUAAAAAUAAGAUUAUUGAUACAGCUACAGAAAAAGAACUAACAGUCAGAGAUGUAGUAGAAACAUUAAAAGAUAUUGUGAAUGUAUCGAAAGAAGUUCAAGCAAUUACAGAUAAAGUUAAAGCAAUUGAUUUUGGAGGAAAGAAGUCUGAAGAAACUGCCAAAAGUAAGGCUGAACUGAAAGCAGAAAGGAGAGCAAAGCAAGAGGCACAAAGGGCAGCCAAACAAGCACAACAGAAAUCAAGUGCUAAAACUAAAGCUAAAGAUGAAAAUGAAUCUAAAGAGAAACAGAAACAAUCUCCAAAACCAAAGUCAGUAGAAAAACCUAAGCCAAAAACUCAAAGUAUGCACAGAGUUAAUUGGUUCCAGCAUUUGUAUACAGGGCAUGACAAAGAGGCGCUAAAGAAGAUUGCACUCAACUCCAAUUUGCAUCCUGCAGUUAUCAAACUAGGUGUACAAUUGGCAUGUCAAGUAGUGACUGGAUCAAAUGCUAGGUGUAUUGCACUUUUAGACGCUCUCAAGAAGAUGGUUAGAGACUAUAGCCUGCCAGCCAAGACAGAGUUCGCCCGAGGGUUGGAAUCUCAUCUGGCGGCUAGUUUAGAAUUCCUGUGGGCAAUGAGGCAGCCAUCCGCAUCGCAAACAAAUGCAGUGAAACAUUUCCGGCGCCAAUUAACGCAACUGCCCAAUAAUGUCGAUGAAUUUGAUGCUAAGAAGACCCUUCAGGAAGAGAUUGAUCGGUAUAUCAGAGAACAAAUAGAUAUGGCGGGUGAAGCGAUCAGUAUAGCAGUGCGAUACAAAAUAUCUAAUGGGGACAACAUUUUAACAUAUGGAUGCUCGUCGCUGAUCGAGCGUAUCCUGUGCGAGGCGUGGGAGAGCGGCGUGCGGUUCCGCACGGUGGUGGUGGGUGCGCGCGUGGGCGGCGCACGCGAGAUGCUGCGCCGCCUGGCCGCACGCGCGCUGCCCGCCACCUACGCCGACAUCACCGCCGUCAGCUUCCUUAUGCCACACAUGAACAAGGUGAUCCUGGGUGCUGGGUCGCUGCUGAUGAACGGGUCGGUGCUGGGCGCCGUGGGCAGUGCGCAGGUGGCGCUGGUGGCGCGCAGCUGCAACGUGCCCGUACUAGUGGCCUGCGAGACGCACAAGUUCUCCGAGCGCGUGCAGACCGACGCCUUCGUCUACAACGAGCUCGGUGACCCAGAUGACUUGAUCGACAAAACUGACGAGAAUUCGCCUUUGAAGGACUGGCGAUCGAACCCUAACCUGACGUUAUUAAACCUAACUUACGACGUUACGCCGCCCAGCCUCGUGACCGCCGUGGUCACAGAACUAGCCAUUUUGCCUUGCACAAGUGCCCCUGUCGUUUUAAGAUUUAAGCUUUCAGAAUAUGGCAUGUAA